AUGAUUUGCGCAUGUGGUGCGAUUGAGCGGCCGCGAGAUGGCAGCGCGGUCGCUGCGGUGCGUGGCGCAUGCGCGUGGGGCCGCCUGCGGCGCCGGCGGCGGCGCUGGCCUCGGCCGCGGCCGCCAGUGGAGGUUGGGCAGCGGUCGCGUGAGCAGGCCAGAGAGCGCGGUGUCGGUGGCGGCGGAGGCGGCGGGCGGACGCAGCGGCUGGGGCCGGUGGCGGGGCCGACCAUGAGAGAUAUGAUGGCCACGAAGAUGGCCGAGCUCAAGUUCGAAGCACCACUGGCGCGAUUCGAGGAGGCCGAGGACUGGGCGGGCGCCGGCAGCGCCACCACGGCGCCCGCGGCCGACGCCAACAACUGCUUCCUGCAGCAGCAGGCCAACAACAAUAACAACAAUGUGCUGACGGAGCAGAACGCGACGGCGGCCGCUGUCGCCUCGCUUCUGGCUGCGGCGUCUGCGGUAAGUGAUCGGACUUCUCUUGUCUCUCCUCCUGCUAUAACGGUAAAUAUUUUGUCACUUCUAAGGAUAGAUGCGUUCUGAGCGAC